CUGUCUCUUUAAGACAGGAAAUAGACUGCCUAACCCAAUGAAGUCGCUUGUGAGCGCGUACCAUGUUGUCUGCGCUCAGUAGACCUCUGAACAGUUUGAGGGUGUCCGGUGCAUUGACUAAAGCUACAGUCGCGAUGGCAGACGCUCUGGCUAAAAUCCCUGAUGUGGAGAUUGAUCCAGAGGGAACCUUUAAGUACAUACUGAUCAAAGUGAAAGUGAAAGAUGGCGAUGUGCAUAAAGACAUAGUCCGAGGCACAAAAAGUGCAGAGUAUCACAAUCAUAUAUUUGACAAGGUCAGUCCAGCAAUGGAGGCCUUGGGAAUGGAGUGUAAAUGCCUUGGAGGAGGGAAGAUAGAACACAACAGCCAAGAGAAAAAACUACGGGUGUUUGGAGAAUCAACUGGCUUUGGCAAGGCAGAUCACUCAGUGUCUGCAGAGAAGUUAAAGGGUGCCUUCAGUGACUAUGAGAUCACCUGGUCUGUGUAAACCUUCAUUUCAUUUCUACAGCUCCAGUGUAAAAACACAAAAAAUGUCUGACCAUUCUGUUCAGCCAUCAUUUAAAUAAAAUACACCAUUCUUCA